GACGUAAGCGUCGCGUCAUGUCCGUUGUCAGGUGGCGGAGUCGGAAAGCCCGAGUUGGCAGGGGCCAGACGAGGCGGACGGUGGCCGGCGGGGCCGGGCCUGGAGGCGGCGGGGAUGGAACUCAGGAUGAAGCGGCGGGCAUCUGACAGAGGAGGUGGGGAAACAUCUGCUAAGGCUCUCUGCAGCGGGAUUUCCAGCAACAAUGCCAAAAGGGCUGGUCCUUUCAUUCUUGGGCCUCGCUUGGGCAACUCCCCGGUGCCUAGCAUCGUCCAGUGUUUGGCAAGAAAAGAUGGGACGGAUGACUUUUACCAGCUCAAGAUCCUUACCUUGGAGGACAGGAACGACAAAGGCACAGAAACCCAGGAGGAACGUCAGGGCAAGAUGCUGCUUCAUACGGAGUACUCCCUUCUCUCUCUCCUGCACAACCAGGAUGGGGUAGUCCACCACCAUGGCCUUUUCCAGGACCGAGCUUGCGAGCUAGUGGAGGACCUGGAAUCCAACCGGAUGGUCCGCAAGAUGAAGAAGCGUAUCUGUCUGGUGCUGGACUGCCUCUGUGCUCAUGACUUCAGCGACAAGACAGCCGACCUCAUCAACCUCCAGCAUUACGUUAUCAAGGAGAAGCGCCUCAGCGAGCGGGAGACGGUGGUCAUCUUCUAUGACGUCGUGCGGGUGGUGGAGGCCUUGCAUAAGAAGAACAUUGUGCAUCGAGACUUGAAGCUGGGCAACAUGGUGCUGAACAAAAGGACCCACCGAAUCACUAUCACAAACUUCUGCCUCGGCAAGCACUUGGUGAGCGAAGAUGAUCUCUUGAAGGACCAGCGGGGGAGCCCAGCCUACAUUAGUCCUGAUGUUCUCAGUGGUCGGCCCUAUCGCGGGAAGCCCAGUGACAUGUGGGCCCUGGGUGUGGUCCUUUUCACCAUGCUGUACGGGCAGUUCCCCUUCUACGACAGCAUCCCUCAGGAGCUCUUCCGCAAAAUCAAGGCUGCCGAAUAUACCAUCCCAGAAGAUGGAAGUUAUUCGGAAAACACAGUCUGCUUGAUCCGGAAGCUGCUCGUCUUGGACCCUCAGCAGCGCCUGACGGCCUCCGAGGUGCUUGACUCCCUCAGUUCCAUCAUUGCCUCGUGGCAGUCAAUGUCCUUGCUGAGCGGACCUUUGCAGGUGGUACCAGAUAUCGAUGACCAGGUGGCAAAUCCAGAAAGUGCACAUGAGGCCAAGGUGACCGAAGAGUGCUCUCAGUAUGAGUUUGAGAACUACAUGAGGCAGCAGCUGAUGCUGGCCGAGGAGAAGAACACGCUUCACGAGGCCAAGGGCUUCCUCCAAAAGCGGCAGUUCGGGAAUAUUCCGCCGGUGCGCCGCCUGGGCCACGAUGCUCAGCCAAUGAACCCCCUUGACGCAGCCAUCCUGGCACAGCGCUACCUGCGGAAGUAGCUCCUCAGCACCGCGAGGGUUGUCCUCCACCCGCCUGAUGUGGCGCGACAGUGAUAGCCACGUGCCGAGGAGUCACCAAUAAUGUAGCAAGUCUUCCUCUGCUUUCCGAGCGCUAGCAGAGCAAAGCGAAGCUGUCCGGGAGAGGACGGCUGACUCAGACUUCAAGUCCAGGCCUAGACAGCAACUCUGCUUUUAAACGUGACUCUGAAAUCUACCUCUGUCUUUUUUUAACCACACUGUUCUCUGGACUGGACUGAACGGAGCGUGUUUUGGCAACAGGUACCAGAGCGAGCUUCUUUUCAGACGCAAAUGUGGGACUGCAGAAAGGACACGGGGUUGCAUCUCAGCUCCGGAUGGUUUGAAUAAGCUUAGUCAUUUUUCCCCUUCUCCCCUCUGGGUUUCAUUAAACAAACUAUUUCUUAGAAGCCUCCCCCUGCCCUUCCUGAUUGUUCUAUUUUUAAUUUAACACCUGGUUUAAAUAUACUUUCCUACAAACGUUGGUUUCAGAGCCCUGUGUGACCCCAGACUCUGCCAACGGGUCCUCUUUACAUCAGCCCUGUGAGUGCAAGGAGCGUUGCACGCAAACUCUGCCCCGGGGUUGUUAAAUUCCACUUUUUCUGGAGCUCCUCCCCUUUCUAGCCACUUACUUCUUUUGGGACUUCUGACUUUAUGUUGGGGUUGUUUUUUCUCUAAUCAAUAGCUUAUGGAAGGUGCAAUUAACAUUGCAUUAAUUCUGCUGCUGCCUACCACAAUGGUAUGGCCGAAGGGGUAAAUUUAUGAUAAUGUGAAAAGUUUUCUCCGUCUUCCCUUCCCUCCCCGCCCCUUACGUGUCUUGAAUUCAGAAAGGCCAGCUGCUCUCCACUGCUUGUGUGAUGCUUUUUCUUGCCACGGUUGCCUUGUCCGGGCACUCCCACUUUCGAGGGAGGAAACUCCCCAACAGCCUUGUGCCUGGCAGGUCACGCACCAAACCAGCCUGCUCACUUGUGAGUCCCAUUCUGGGAACUGGAUGCCUCUCUUGCCAGGUAAACUGCUUGCAGGCAACUCUUUGGGCCUGCGCUGCGCCAGCCCCCCCCCCCCCCCCCCAAACUUUCGACCUGAUUUAAAGAUGAUGCAGACAAAGCCAAAAAGCUCUCCUUGAGCACUUUGCACAGGCCCAGAGCCUCGUUUGCACUGACUGGGUGGUGACCCUUGCAAAGUAGCACUUCCUACUAGCACCCCAUUUUGCACUGCAAGGGAGCGCUUUUGCCCUGUCUGCACCAUGCUCUCUUUAAACCCAGUUAUCGUAACCUCUGACCUUUUUGUUUUUCUUCCGUGUUUGCACCUGGCUGUGGUGCUGGAUCCCUCCAGGGACAGAGUAGCAAAAGCAGCUGUGCUGGCUCAGACCGGGCAAGGGAGCAGGACAGAUGAGAGAUUUUUUGGGGCCAGGGGUGUCCGGGGCCAGACACGGCAGCAUUAAACAUUGGCGGUGGGAGGGGAGCCAGCCAUUGGCAGCCUGCAUCUGGUCUGACUGGCUUUAGCAUGCAGGAAUGUUUUUCUUCUAAUGUGAACCCUGGAAAAAACUCCAAUAGCUGAGGCUUAGAGACCUUGUAAUAAAAACCUAUCUUCUACUAAGGUGUUAUAUGACAGGCUGCCUCCUCUGCUGCACUGCAUGCCAUCAGGGGUAAAGGCAGAGGCUGCAUGGGAUAGGAACCCUCCCCCCCUCGCUUUAGUUGUUCUUGCCACAAUGCCUGUGCUGGGCUUGGGAGGUUUAGGGCUAGCUCUGGGCUAGGCUGAGUCAGGGAGGCUCAAGCAGUGCAUUGGCAUAUAGAUUUGGCUGCGGUUGGAUUGCUUCGGAAGCACUAGGCAUCAAGUGUUUUCUUUGUUUUUUGAAACCAGCAUGGAACCAGGAUCAAAGAACUCUAAAACCUUUUCCUGGUGGGGCGAGGCAGGGUAUGGGGAGAAGAAGCAGCAGCUUUGGCCCGUCACCCCCCAGUAAACGAAGCCUGUUCUAGGACUGAAGGGGGCUGGAGGCCUUGAUGGUUUAUUCUCUGCUUCCGUCACUCGCCCUUGUGGUACUGGAAUGCCCUCUCCCAAAACAGAGGAGAUUCUCCCCAGCAGGCUAGUAGCCAACUCUUGCUCAAGAGCGAGCUGCAUAUUAGUAUACUUUGCCAGCUGGAUCAAGUAUGGUGUGAGCCUGAUAUUAAAUUGGCCUCAUUAGUGCUAAACCUGUGAUGAGAAUGAGCUUUGGAGGCAUCUCGCAUAGGUGUCAAACUCGUGGCCCUCCAGAUGUUAUGGACUAAAGUUCCCAUCAUCCCCUGCCAGCUGGCAGGAGAUGAUGGGAACUGUAGUCCAUAACAUCUGGAGGGCUGCGAGUUUGACACCUGUAAUUUACUGCUUGGUCCUGACAGUGUUGGCCAAGCAAGGGUGGGAUCAGAUCAAUGUGGCUGCUGAGGAGGGAGGGCAGCUUUGGAUGCAGGCUGGCGCCUCCAUCUUAGCAAGAGACCAGUAGCCCCAUAGAGACCAACAAGGUUUUCGGCGUAUACACUUUUGAGAGUCAGAGGGUUUUUUGGAUAAAUUUCAGCCAUUUGAGUUCAGGUUCUCUGUUUCCCUCACGGACUCUCUGCUCCCCCCUCCCCAGGCAUUACAACCUACAUUUCCUCAUCUUCUAUUUAACUCGUCCAAUCCCUAAAUGUAGCUGGCUGUAUGUGUCUUGCUCUUCCCGGUUCCUCAAAAGAUAGCAAUACGUCACGGACUGUGCAAAACCGAGUGAUCUACCCAUCUUUGACAUUGUGAUAAAAAAGUAAACUGGAAAAAAGGUGGAAAGGAAUAGAGGGAGAGGAGGCACGAAGUGGCACGGAAAGUCAGCAUGAGCUACGGGGUUUUGUUUUUGGUGGAUUACAAGUUAGACGACAGACCGGAGACAAAGAUCCUAUUGUAAAAAAAAAAAAUGCAAAGAGAAUUUGUACAGAGACCUAUUUUUGUAUUACAUCCAACUAUUCCUGCAUGUCAGCAAUAAAAUUUCAUAAUGUAGAAUUAAA